AUGGCUUACACACCAUUUCUGGCCCUGUCACUUCAAAUCAUGCAGCAUGUCCUGAAAUUCUGCAAACCAGGGCUGCGGGUCAACGACAGGACGCAUAAGCCCCAGACGUUCGUUGUGCACGAUGAGGAGCAGCCCAUCACCGACCUCGAAAACUGCUGUGGCGAGUAA